AUGAUACGCCCGACGAUUAGAGUCGGGCAUCAGCCAGCUAUAUGGCUUUUAUUCAUAUUAAGUUUACGAAAAUGUAUUAAAUUAAGAUAUAUAUUAAUUAUAUUUUUAUGUCUUAUUGUAUUUACUUAUUUACAUCUUAAUAAUAAUGUAUCAAUAAAUGAACAAAUAUCUAAUAAAUUAAAAUUUAUUAAUAAUGAAAAAGAAAUUUUUAAUCAUGAUAAUAAUUAUCAUCUUUUAGACAAAUGUAAUUUUGAUACAAUAGAAAUUUUACUUCGAUAUAAAUCAAUAAAACAAUUUAAUAAUGAUACAAAUGAUAAUCGUUCAAAACCAACUAUUGAACGUUUACAUAAACUUUUUUCAAUACUUAUUUUUCAUGAAGAAAAAUUUCGUAAAGUAUUUGAUUAUUUAGGUAUAUUUCGUUUUACUGAUUUAUAUAAUUCAUUACGUCCAUUUGCAAAUAAUACGAAACGUUUACAUGAAAUUUAUUGUUUAUUUCAACGUUAUAUAACUAUAUCAGAUAAUGGUCAUAUUGAUAUAACUGAACAUUUUAUUUAUUAUUUAAAACAAAUAUCAAAUUAUUUAUCAGAUGGUUUUACCAGUGAACAUCCAAUAUGGAAUAACAUAUCAAUUAAAAAUAUACAAAAACCGGUUAUUAUUCUUGCAGCUAAUACACGUUUUUAUGAUACAUUACAAGCAUCAAUGCGUACAGUUAAUCAAUAUUUUUAUAAUUAUAGUAUUGCUAUAUAUGAUCUUGGUUUUGAUCAAAAUCAAUUAACUAUGAUUAAAGAAAAUUGUGAACGAUGUAUGAUAAUUCCAUUUCCAUUUACUCAACUCGAAUCAGUUGCUCCUCAUAUUCGAAAUUUACCAAAUUUUGCUUGGAAACCUAUUAUAGUUCAAGAUGCAGUACAACGUUUUGGUACAAUACUUUAUGGUGAUACAUCCGUUCGUUAUUUAACAUCUAAUUUUAAUCGUAUAAUAAUUGAUAAUUUAAUACGUGGUUUUGCAUGUCGUGAAUUACCUGGACAUUAUUUAUCAUGUUAUACUUUAUCAGGAACAUUUUCAUGGUUUAAUGAAACAUCAUCUUCAUUUGAUGAUAUAUAUAUAGCUGAAGCAGGUUUUGUAGCUGUUACAGAUAAUUUUCUUUCACGUCUUAUACUUAAAACAUGGGUUACAUGUGCACUUGAUAUAAAUUGUAUAUCACCAGGUAAUUCUCAAACAAAAUGUAAACAUAUGAGUCAACCAUCAGGUACACAUCGUUUUGAUCAAUCAGCUAUGGUUGCUGUAUUAUCAUUUUAUUUUUUUCAAAGUUCACGUCAAAAUGAUAAAACUGAUCCAGCACCUUAUGAUAUGUUUUCAUCAAUACAACAAAAAGUAGCUGAAGUUCGACGUUUUGAAGGUGAUCAUAAUUAUUUUACACAUGGAAAAAAUUUUAAUAAUAAACAGAACAGUUUAACAACAACAACAACUAUAAAAAUGAUAUAA